AUGGAUGCAGAUGACGAAGACAGGAAAGCCAGAGAGUUACUGGAGGACAUCUGUGCCAAAUAUGCCCAGGGCCUCUACCACUUUUCCACUGGCAAACGGCCAGGGGCCAAAAAAUGGAAGAAAGCCUUGGAGAGGAUCGAUGCUUGCCCCCUGCAGAGCAGCACGAAGGAUCUGUUUGGGAGAAGCCUUCAGUGCACCUGCGGGUUCCACAAGCACAUCUGUCAUCAGGCACUGGGUCCAGUGCUGCUGGGUCCAGUGGUGCUGCUGCGUCCAGUGGUGCUGCUGCGUCCAGUGCUGCUGGGUCCAGUCGGGCUGGGUCCAGUGCUGCUGGGUCCAGUGGUGCUGCUGCGUCCAGUGGUGCUGCUGCGUCCAGUGCUGCUGGGUCCAGUCGGGCUGGGACCAGUGCUGCUGCUGGGUCUAGUGGUGCUGCUGGGUCCAGUGGUGCUGCUGCGUCCAGUGGGGCUGCUGCGUCCAUCCGAGUCAGCACAGAGGAAGAGGGAGUCCGAGGAGACACAGAGGCAGGAGCAUCAGCUGCAGCACCCGGAGUGCAGUGCUUCCAGUGCAAGCAGCUUGUGGAUGGAGAGCACUUUUCACAGCAUCUGCUUGACCAUCACACGGAGGAGACCUGUGACAGCUGCGGGGCCAAGGUGCAGGGUGCUGUUGGUCUUCUGA